CCCUGAGAGCCUGGGUCUAGCCCAGCCCCAGGGCCUGGCAGGGGGGUGGGUGCCCUGUGCCUCCAGUGUGGGCUGAGGCAAUGUCUCGUUGCCCCUUUGUGGGGAGUAGCUGGGGGCAGAGCUAUGGCAGAGGGUCCCAUUCACCUACUGGAGGUUUGCAGUCAGAGACUGUCCGAGUUCUUGUGCAAUGUCGAGCACAAGCGUUUGGCAUGGCUGCGGGAAAUUGAGGAGGAGGCCAUGAAGAUGUUUGAUAGCAACUUAAGUGCUGAACCUGAGCUGAUGCUCAAAACAGCAUCACAGAAGAAAUAUCGUAGGAAGAAGCGCUCCUUAUCUAUUAAGGAUGAGAACAAUGAACUGACCAGAAAAAGGUUAUCGAGAAAGAGAAGCAGCCUCAAGCCAGCAUCCUCUAAGCAAGUUUCCCAAAGGCUUCGAAGCAAAGAGGGACUGGAAAAACCCAGUGAUGUUCAAAAGGGAGUCAAUGCUUCUUUUUCAACAAGAUUCCACUCCAAGGUUGAAGCCAAGUGUUCUCCUCCAUCGGAGGCAGUGGCUAAGACACCAACUAUCUUGUUAGUAGAAGGGCAGGUUCCCUUGACAGAAAUCAGUGUUGACAACCACAGUGGUGCUGACUUGUAUUUGAAGAGGAAUAGGCCUGAAAUAAUAGACCAAGCCUUGGAGAUCAUCUCCCUGAGUAUUGAUGACCAAGCUCCCAAGAAGCCUAAGGUUACUGAACUUCAACCUAUGUCUGCAGCCUUGGCACUGGUGAUCCCUGACACUCCUGAGGCAAAGGAGACAGGAGAAGACCGGGAUGCUGCCAACUUUAGAAUAGCAAAUACAUCCACGCCAAAAGCUUCUGUAAAUGGGGAGCCCGGAGCUGAGAGUGAUGUUUCUGCUCAAGGGCCAGAAAAGGAACUUUUCCAGGACUUAAAGGACAGCACAGGGACCUCAACAGGGUCCAAAUCGAGCCAUCUGUCUGCACGCAGAAGCCAGAGGGGUAAGUCCCAUAAGCACCGCAGGACCUCACUAGCAGAGAAGUAUUCUCUGGCCAGCAAAAGAGAGCGCAUGAUCCGGAAAUCUAUCAGCAGGGCUAUCUCUAAGAAGAAGGCAGCUCGGGAGUCCUCUUCAGCCUCCAGCCACGUGAGCUGCCACAGCUCCUUGGAGGUAUUUAUGGAUGAAGAUGCAAGCAGCAAUGUCAGGCCUGAACUGGAACCUAAUGCUGAAUGUGACAAGGCUCCAAAACACCUGCAGAAAACCUUCAUUAUUCCAAAUGAAGGCAGCCCUGUUGCAGGACAGUCAGCUCAGACUGAACCACCGAAUGGGACAGAGCAGCAGGCAGGAAACUGUAAAGAGAUCCAUUUGAAAAAGAGUGGCACUUCUCAGAGCAGUGGGAGCAAGGAGCAGCCCCAGAAUGCCAAGCCACUAGAACAGCCCUCGAGUAUCCGGAGACAGAGUUAUAAACAAGCAAUGGAUGAGCUAUGUAAUGGGCAACAGCUAGAAGACUGUGACCGCUCUCCUUCAUAUGAUAAGGCCACUUCUUCUCCUGUAAGCAAGACUCUAGCCUCGCCCAGCCCAGCCAGCAAGGUUGUGCAUCCGUUCAAACACUUUUUACAGACGGUGCAGAAGAACCAGCUGCUCGUGACCCCAGGGUCCACAGGGCACAAUAGUGUCAUGAAAAACCUUAUCAAACGCAACACUCCUACCCGACCAGAUUCCAAGGGGGAUUUUGUUGAGAAGGAGCGGCAGCGGCUGGAGAGCCUGAGGAAGAAGCAGGAGGCCGAGCAACAAAGAAAACAGAAAGUGGAGGAGGAAAAGAGACGGCGCCUCGAGGAGAUGAAAUUGAAGCGUGAGGAGCGUCUGAGGAAGGCACUGCAGGCUCGCGAACGGGUGGAGCAGAUGGAAGAGGAGAAGAAAAAGCGGAUGGAACAGAAAUUCUCUCAAAGUGAGGAGAAGACCGAGAAGGUGCGAGAAGAGAAGGUGGUAGAAGAAAAGAUGAAGAAAAAAUUAGCUAAGAAGACUGGGGAUGUGGAGACCCGAAAACAGAAAGUGCUGCAGAUGGAGGAGGAUGAACACAAGCAGAAGGAGCUACUGAAGAAGAGAGAGGAUGAGCAGCAUGACAAAGGGAGGAAGAUUGCGGAGCUGAAGAAACUGGCAGAGCAGCAACAGGUGGAACAGGCAAAGGAGAGGAGUCACAAACAGCAAGAGAAGGGGAAGGCCCUUCACCUGCAGAUGGAGCUGGCAGUGGUUACAGAGGAGGAGGAAAACCAAAAGAAGGAGGAACAGAGUCCAGAAGAGCAGGAACGUCGGGAAAAUAAAAGCAAGCCACUAGAAUCUGUUGCUAUUGUUCCCAGUAAAUGGCUGAAUAUAACAAUGGAGAAAUCUCCUGUCACUGACUCCUAUCAAGGGCCCACUUUAGGCUCAAAAGAACCUAGAUUCCCCAAGGUAAAUCCAAAUAACUAUGGGCUGGAUCUGAACAGUGAUGACUCCACAGAUGACGAAAGCCAGCCCCGCAAGCCCAUCCCUGUCUGGGCCACUGGGGCUCAGCUUAAUCAAGCUGUUACAUACCAAUAUUACAACCCUCCAAAUAUAGAGACACUCUUUGGGCUGAUAGUAAGCCCUAAACUGGAGGACAUUUUCUACAAGAACAAGCCACGAUAUUUCAAACGCACCAGCUCUGCUGUCUGGCACUCACCACCCCUUCAUGGUACCAAGUCUUCACUGGGCCUGCCCUACAACCUGAAAAAGUACUGAGGAAGGAGAGUCCCUCUUCUGUCCACCAGCCAUGUCAAUGUUCUCCUGGUUUUUGUGUAAAGAAAAAAAAUCUUUUCCAAGAUCUGUGUUUUUUAAUAUUUGCAUAGAAUAAAAGCUCUAAUAAAAGUUCAUGUUAAAAUAA